GCCGCGAGCAGUUCGUUUAGUAGUGCACGCUGCAUGCUGUUGUCGUCGUCUGUUUUGACGGUCUGCUUCGUAUCGCGAGUUGACGAACGAGUGUCUGAGUGUGUGUGUGAAAAAGUGCGUGCGCGUGUGUGUGUGCGUCUCUAUGCACCACAAAAUUUGCAGUUGCUGCUGCUGCAUUACAAUUAUGCGAUAAUUUUGCUGCGUUACGCUCAAAAACUGCAGCCAACUCCAUCGUUGACGUCGUCGUCGUCGUCGUAGUUGCCGCUCGCGUUGUGUUGACAGCUGCCGCACGCCGCUGAAGCAUCGUCUACGUCUUUUUCUGCUUCUUCGUCGUUUUGCCUUCACCAUCGUCUUUGGCUUUGGCUUUGCCCCGUUGCCUUUUGGGUUUCUUGGCUGCCGAACGUUGCACAAAACAAAAAAAAAAAAAAAAGACAACGACAAAUAAAUAACAUAAACAAAGACAAAGACAAACACAGCAAACACACCUGCUGCCUGUCUGUUGUGUGCUCCCAUUCUUGCAUGGUUUUCUUUUUGUUGUUGUUGGUUUUCGCCUGCUUCUUCUUACGUUUGCCGGUUUCGCGAGCUGUCGAAAAAGUGUGAAACUUCAUCAGCAAAAAAAACUCUACAACGAUCUCAGAGUGGAGUGGACUGGAGUGGAGACAACACACUAAACUGUCAGCGACCAACUGGAAAGGAGAGAAGACAAAUUGUCAAAGCGCGCGCAAAGUGAAUGUAAAGAAAAGCGCAACACUGAGGAUGGGAAUGUGGAGCUUAAGGCAGAUUAUUGAUUUCGUCAACUGAAUAAACAGCUAAACAUCUAUAAAAGAAAAUAAUCUCGUGAUUGCACAAUUUACAAACAAAAACAAAUAACAAAUAACAAACUCUCAAGCUCAACUUGCAACUGCCUCCGUGUCGUUUGUUGUGUUACUUUGGUUAAUUGAUUUCAGUUGCUUUUGCUGUUGCUUUUCCCUUGGCUUUGUCUUUGACUGUUGUCUUGGGCCAAUGCCAAUGCAAUGAGGCGUUUCAGCGACCAUAACAAUAACAGCAGCAGUAACAACAAUUUACCAAUACCCAGAAACAAAAACAACAACAAUUCGGCGACAAUUGCGUGCGCGUUUCGGGCGCGUUUUUUUGCUACGCGCGUUUUUUAAUUAAUUUGAAGCGUUUCUGUUGCCGUUGCUGCUCCCUCGCGAGUGUGCGUGUGUAAAUGCGUGUGUGUGUGUGUCCAGCCGGAAAUCAGCAAUUUAAUUUACAAUAAGACGAUUUAAAGGGCCGACCCAAAAAAACAAAACACAAACGAAAACGAAAACAAAAAGUGUGGAAAAACAACACAUAAAAAGAAACAGAUCCCGAUCCAGAAAUUAAGCACGACACAAAAAAAGGAAUCCGCUGAGGAGAAGCUGCCAAAAUGUUCGCGGGCAUCAGGAAACGUUUGGCACGCAAGCAGAACGAAAAGGAUUGCGAUGAGGAUGACAAGGACGAUGUGCAUGACAUAAUGCCGCCACCCAACUACAUACAAAUCUCGCAGGGAAAAAUCCAGUUGGUGCAUCAACCGCGUUCCCUGGACCACGAGAUGACCGGCAGUCGCAGUCCCGCCACACUGACCUUGGAGCGAGGCGAUAAGGAUGUGUUGGAAAAGCGCAUGAUUGAAGUUGAAGGCGCGCUGCUGCGUUUGCAGGAGCAGUUCCACAAAAGCCAAUGCGGGUCACCGACUUUCGAGAAGGAGCUACGCGAACAAAUUGAGAACAUGAAUCGCAUUAUGAAAUCCAAAGAACGCAAACAACUGCAGACAUGUCGGGAUCACAAGGCACUCCAGACUCGCUUUGCGCGCCAGGAGAGUUUGCUGCACUCGAUGCAGCAAGAGAAUCGAGCACUGCUGACGCGCAUCCGACAAUACGAACACUGUCUGGAUGAUGUGAUGCGCAAGGUGGUGGACGCCAUUGUGGCCGAGGAUAAUCUGCGCGAGGAAGUCAGCAUGCUGAAGAGUCGAGUGCGUGAUCUGGAGGCCCAGAAUGCGGCGCUAUCGGCGAGUCCGGUUAAGGGGAGGGACGAGGGCUACUGCACAAUGAGCAGCGGACAGCCGCAGCCAUCGAAUGGUCAUCUGGAGGAUUUGCCCGAGGAGCCGGAACAGUGGCUGCUGCCAGCGGAGCCGUGCUCGACUGAAAUGGAAGACUGGAGCAUGUCGCAGGAGGAGCUGGCUGUGAUAACCUUCGACGAUGAGCGCGAUCAUCAGCAGCAUCAACAGCAGCAACAGUUGCAACUGCAGCUGCAGCGAAGGAAGCGAGAGCACGACUGGCUCUGGCCCUCGAGUGACUUUAUCAAUUCGACAACCGUUGAGACUGACUCGCUGACCGAUGGCAUCGCGCAGCUGCUGCAGCAGAAGAUUGUCUACUCAGAGGAUGAGGAGGUGGCCUGCACUGAUUUUACCAACGACUUUUACAAGCUGGUCAACAUACGCUCCAAUUCGUCGCGCAGUUUGUUCUCCUACCUCGAGGGCGAGACCGAUGAUGAGGACGAGGAUGACGAGCAGGACUCGAGCAUGUCGGAGAGCCAGGCCAAGGCUCGUGACAGUCCCACGCCCAGUGAGGCGGGACGGGCGCAACUGACGAGCUGCUCCUCCAGCGAAACCGAUGAGCAUUCAGUCACACAUCCGCCACCAUCACUGCAACAGCCGCAGCCGGAGCAUGAAGAGGAGGAGGAGGAGGAGCACGACUAUGCAGUGAUUGAGGAGUGCCGACGACGUGUGAGUGACAUUGAGAUCGAGGAUGUGCCGCUAAUCAAUGCUGUGGUCACCGCACCGCUGCUCAACGAACAGCAGUGCAUAGCACAGAUCAUCAAGACCGAACUGCGUCGUCCGCCCCACGUGCUGGUCAAGUCCAAGUCGGUGCUGGAGGAUCAGGAGCCCAGCUGCAUACUGCGCCACAAUCAGCGACGCGAACUCGAGUCCAGCGUGGUCCGCAGCGAUAGCAUCAGUUGUUCGCUGAUGGCCAAAAUGGCCAAGGAGCCACCGCCAGCUCCCGCCGUGGUCACCAAGCUGAAGGAGCGUCUGUUGCAGAGGCAUGCGCCGCCAGCGAAUUCGUGGCGCCGCAGCAACGGUUGGAAGCGUGUGACGUCGCCCGUGCAAGCGGCAGCGCUUGUUUCACCAAAGAAGGAAACAAAGACAACGGCAACGGAGCUGUCAAAGAGCUGCCACAAAGCGCCGCCAACAAGAAUUCCAACAUGCAUUCACACAUCCUCCUCAUCAUCGACAUCGACGUCAACAUCAUCAACGUCAUCGUCGCCAUCGUCACCGUCGCCGCAGACACCGCAAAAAACUGAAACGCAGCAGCCGCAACGUAAAUCCAAAAUUCCACCGCCGGUUCCUGUGCGUCGUUCCUACGCCAGUUAAAGAGACGCCCCCAUGCGAUGAACCCUUCUUCCCCCCAAAACAUAACAAAAAAACAAAAACAAUCUCAAAAAGAAUAAAACGACAAAAGAUACGAGAAACCCUAUAAGUAUAAGUUAAGCGUAAACGGAGUGGAGUUACUAUUCCCAAAUCGAGAGUACGCGCAUAGUUCUGGGGAAUACACUCCACAACAUACACAUAUAUAUAUAUUUAAAGAUUUAAAAAGACUAAAUUGUGAUAUAUUCAAACUAAAACUGAGGAGACAGAGGCAGAAGUAGAGUGAAGAAGGCAAAAGUAAAUUGCGUAUCUUCGAAAUACGAAUCAUAUUUAUAUUGAAUAUUGUAAGUUUUUUUGAGAAUGUUUUCCCCGAUUUAGCGUUUUGUAAUUGCCAAUUGUUCCAAGUAUUCAACAAAAGAAAACAAAAAGCAAACGCACUCGACGCGCUCUAUAUGAUUUUGUAGAACGACGUACGAAGUGUUCCCAAAGACAUGUGUUCGAAAAUUGCAUUUCCAACUGAAUAGAUUUCUCUUAAAAAAAUAUAUAUGUAAUCUGUAUACAAUAUAAUGAUAAUUAAU